AAGCUCGGCUGUUGUGUGGCUCUUCAUGUCCUGAGGGACAUCUCGUGCCGCCGGGGACAGCGACAGAGAAGCUGACUGACUGCUGCCCGAAGUUCCCCCAUGAGGACAGAAUGACGCCCCGCGAGUGGCUGUUUUUUCUUGCGACUGCGACUGUGGCCUCGGCAGCGAAGCAUGGAGACUGUUUUGCCAACACGAUCCUCGACGGGCGGAUGAGUCCCGAGUACGAGCUGCCCGGCCGAAACGCCGCCGAGCUCCUCCUCCAAAACGUGCACGGCGCCCAAGGCACCUCGAGGAUCUACCUGGGCAGCGCGUGCGUCCUGCAUGUGCUCCACAAUGGCAAGCAACCCUGGGACAAGGGCUGCAGUCACUAUUCGACAAGUGAAGAGAAUGUGACUCUUACAGUAGAACUAAGCGCAGGGGAACUCCUCAUUCGGACCAAAACCAAUGAAGAGUUCCACGGAAGAAGGGAAUCUGGCACCGCCGGCUUCACCGUCCAGCCCUUCGGACUCAGCGUCAACACCGUGUACAACUGCCCGGAGGGGUGCUGGCAAGUUCAGGGUUCCCUUAUCCCUCUUCAUCUCCAGAUGGGCGUGGACGUCACCCUCUUCCUGAAACCCGUGAGCCAGCACGAAAGGAUAAUCUUUGAAAUAAAAAAACAGGAACUUGAGUGGAAAACUCUUGUCUUCGAACUCGCGAAAGACUACGAGGCAACGAAUGCCAAAGACUGGCUCUCCAUUAACAUCUCAGUCGUGUUCGAGUAUGGUUUCAUGAAUUUCGUUGCGGCUCCCCUGUGGGAUGCAGGCGGGAGGAAAACCUUCAGUCUUCUUAGUCCGGACACCAUUGCAGAUUUUCGUCUCUCUCGGAACAUCAUAUGGAGUGUAGGCUGUGUCCCUGAUCUCGGCAGCGGAAGCACUUCGGCAGCCGUGGGCAGGUCCUACGUUCCCUUCCUGGUUGCCCUCGCCGCGCUCAAUAUCCUCGUUAUCGGCAUCGCUGUCAACAUGUAUCGUCGCCACAAAGCUAUUAAGGAAGGCAAGUCCCAUCUGGCGUCCCCCCCACGCUUCUUGCAGCUGGCGUCCCCCCCGCCGCUUUCCGGUGGACGCUCGCUACUUAUAUUCGAGGAUGACCCGGGUCAGAGAGAAUACUAA